CAGUGCACAGCACCGCUGCACCCCCCCCCCCCCCCCCAAAAAAAAAAAAAAUAAAGGGGCUGGAUCCUGCGGGCAUGGGGUGCCGGUGCUGAGCCCCAGGGUGCUGGGGAAGGCGGGGGGGGGUGGGGGCACGCCGUGCGCCCCCCCCUCGGGGCCGGCGAUGCCCUCGGUGAUGGAGAAACCCUCGGGGAUCCUGUCCCGCAGCCGCGCCAAGUCGGCCGCCGGCGGCCCCCCCUCCGAGGACGAGGGCAGCGAGGACGAGCACGCGCACGACAGCAUGAUCCGCGUGGGGGCCGACUACCAGGCGGUGAUCCCCGACUGCAAACCAGAGAGCCCCGCGCGCUACAGCAACAAGGAGCUGAAGGGGAUGCUGGUGUGGGCGCCCAACCACUGCGUCUCCGACGCCAAACUGGAUAAAUACAUCGCCAUGGCGAAGGACAAGCACGGCUACAACAUCGAGCAGGCACUGGGCAUGCUGCUGUGGCACAAGCACGACGUGGAGAAGUCGCUGGCCGACCUGGCCAACUUCACGCCCUUCCCGGACGAGUGGACGGUGGAGGACAAGGUGCUCUUCGAGCAGGCCUUCAGCUUCCACGGCAAGAGCUUCGCCCGCAUCCAGCAGAUGCUGCCCGACAAGCUGAUCCCCAGCCUGGUCAAGUACUACUACUCCUGGAAGAAGACGCGCAGCCGCACCAGCGUCAUGGACCGCCAGGCCCGGCGCCUGCUGGGGCGCAAGGAGCGGGACGACAGCAACGACGAGAUGGAGGAGCACCGCCCCGCCAGCGAAGGGGAACUGGAAGCGGCCGACCCCAAAAAAGACCCUUUUUACCCCAAAAGCGGCUUGGGGGGGCGCAAGGAGGCGCAGUACCGGCACCACCCCCCCCGGCAGCGCCGGCGGCCCCCCCGCGGCAUGCACCUGAGCCGCGAGGACGUGGCCGGCGUCACCGCCAACCCCGACCUGGGCGCCCUGGCGCUGCGGCAGCUCGACUGCCAGCUCGUCUCCCUCAAGCGCCAGGUGCAGUGCAUCAAGCAGAUCAACAGCGGGCUGAGGCAGGCGCUGGAGGGCGGCGUGGAGGCGCUGCGGCCGCCUGAGGCCACCAGCAAAUUCAGCUCCCGCUGGACCACGGACGAGCAGCUGCUGGCGGUGCAGGGUGAGUGCAGGAUGAGGCCACAAUGUGGGGGGAGGGCAUCCUGGGGGGGGGGCCUCCCGUUAACCCCGCGCCCCCCCCUCCCUCCCCCCCCCCCCCCCCGCAGCCCUGCGGCGCUACGGCCGCGACUUCCCGGCGGUGGCGGCGGUGCUGGGCACCAAGACGGCGGCGCAGGUGCGGAGCUUCGUGGCCAGCGCCCGCCGCCGCUACGGCCUCGACCGGGUGCUACGCGAGUGGGAGGCUGA